CCAUGAACGAGUGUUAAUUUCUUAAUCAAGCUCAGAAUUUAUUCAAAAAAAAAAAAAAUCAAGCUCAGAAUUUUAAACUUCAACACAACUAACACAAGAUUUUUUUUUUGAUUAUUUUCCUUUCAUUAUUAAUAAAGGGAUGGGGUAAUACGUAGUAUUAUCUUGGUUAAAUACGUAUGCCACACUGCCAGUCUGCCAUUCACUCAGUACAAACUUCGUAAUGAUCGAUAUUCAGUUGUUUCAGAGAUCAGACAUGACGAUGAGCAUUUCAAGAGAAGAUAAAAGGUAAAUGUAAAAGCUCGUUCAUACAAAAGCUCGUUCAUACCUAUUCUCCUUCCCAUACAUUGUCCUGUCCCUAUUCUGCAACGGCAUUGAUUAGCACGGCACCACCCACGUUCUUCUGCCGUGCUUAAAAUAUACGGAGUAAUCUCUUCUGUAUUUCCUCCUUCACUUUUUCCCAUUUCAGAAGAGGAAGAAGCCGUUUCUGAAGCACGAAACAGAGAGCCAGAGCUUAAAUCGGUGAUGAUGAGGAAGCUAGGUCUAACAUUGUUCAUAACUCUUCUAAUCAUUCACCCAAACGCUUUCCUUCUUCAAGUGAAGGCAACUGAUCGGUUCAUCAGAACCGAAGGGAUUCAUUUCUUGCUGAAUGGCAGCCCUUUCUAUGCCAAUGGCUUCAACGCCUACUGGCUAAUGUAUAUGGCUUCAGAUCCUUAUCAGGCGCACAAAGUAUCGGAGGCCUUUAGAGAAGCGUCCAGCCAUGGCCUGACCGUUGCUCGAACUUGGGCUUUCAGUGAUGGAGGCUACAAGCCUCUUCAGUACGCUCCUGGCCGUUACAAUGAAGACAUGUUUAAGGGUUUGGAUUUUGUGAUAGCUGAAGCAAGGAGGUAUGGGAUUAAGGUGAUUCUAAGCCUGGCAAAUAAUUAUGAGAGUUUUGGGGGAAAGAAGCAGUAUGUGAGCUGGGCUAGAGAUCAAGGGCAAUAUUUAUACUCUGAAGAUGAUUUCUUCAGAAACAAUGUUGUGAAAGGGUACUACAAGAACCAUAUAAAUACUGUUCUGAACAGAAGAAACACUAGGACUGGAGUUGUUUACAAGAAUGACCCUACAAUCAUGGCUUGGGAGCUUAUGAAUGAGCCUAGGUGCACCUCAGAUCCAUCUGGAUCUACCAUUCAGGCAUGGAUAAUGGAAAUGGCCAAUUAUUUGAAGUCCAUAGACAGAAUCCAUCUGUUAGAAGCCGGCUUAGAAGGAUUCUAUGGGCAAACGUCAUCUUCUUGGAAAAAUAAUAAGAAUCUGAACCUCAGUCUCAACGUUGGAACUGACUUCAUUGCAAACAACCGUAUUGCUGCCAUUGAUUUUGCUACUACUCACGUCUAUCCUGAUCAGUGGUUGACGAGCUCGAAUGAUGAAGACCAACUGUCAUUCCUCAACAACUGGCUUGACUCUCACAUUCAAGAUUCUCAGCACACCCUGAAGAAGCCACUGCUGAUCUCAGAAUUCGGGAAAUCCCGGAAAGACACGGGCUUCACCUCCGGCCAGAGAGACACUCUGUACAACACCGUGUACUACAAAAUAUAUUUGUCUGCCAAACAUGGGGGAGCCGCUGCUGGGGGCCUAUUCUGGCAGCUGUUUACAGAAGGGAUGGAUAAUUUUGGUGAUGGAUAUGAGAUAGUGUUGAGCCAAAGGACUCCGCUUGCAAAUUUAAUUGCCCAACAGUCGCACAAGCUUUUGCUGAUCCGAAAGAUAUUCGCAAGGCUGAAGAUAGGAAGAGCUUCUUCUAAUAAGGGUAGCAAGGGAAACCAAAUUAGAAACUGAUUACAACCUCACAUGGAGAGGAGUCUGACAUAUUUUUAUUAGUGUUUUGACCUCUUAGAGAUGGAUGUUAGUUGCAUUGUUCAUCCUGGAGCUUUAGUGUUUUACCAAAAAACCAUAAUAUGUUCUCAUCGACAUUUAGCGAAAUGAUCUAUAAGUAUUUCGUUGAUGCACGCACUAUUAACCAUAGAAAACAUUUCAAUCAAGAGUGUGGAUUGUUUGCCACUUGUCAAGUAGUUUUUAGAUUUGUAUUUAGUUAUGUGAUAAUUUGAAUAGACUGCUAUAACCACAUUGUUAUAACCACAUUCGAUAUCCUACACUUUUAUAAUAGUAGUCAACUUGAUCAUUGGACUUGG